CAGCCGACACAGGGCGGGGCGCACUCGGAGCGCAGCAGCUCGGGGCGUGGUUGGGGCGUCGCCCGUCCGGCGGGAAGGCGGAAGACUCUGGACCGUGAGCUCCUGGUUCUCACCCACGAGAUUCCGCAGCCCCUUGACCCCACACUCCGGGGAUUGCAGCAUGGAGGCCGGGCUGCUGUGGUUCUGCAACUGGAGCACACUGGGCGUUUGCGCCGCACUCAAGCUGCCGCAGAUCUACGCGCAGUUGGCGGCGCGCAGUGCGCGGGGCAUCAGCCUCCCCAGUUUACUUUUGGAGUUGGCGGGGUUGCUGGUCUUCCUUCGCUACCAAUGUUACUAUGGGAACCCGUUGCUCACCUACCUGGAAUACCCCAUUCUCAUCGCACAAGACAUCAUCCUCCUGCUCUUCGUCUUCCACUUCAAUGGGAACGUGAAGCAGGCCUUGCCCUACAUGGCUGUAUUUGUGUCAUCCUGGUUCAUCCUCAGCCUGCAGAAAUGGAUCAUCGACCUGGCCAUGAACUUAGGCACUGGCAUCAGUGCGGUCAGUAAGUUUGCCCAGCUCCAGCACCUGUGGAAGGUUCAGGAUUCAGAAGCCGUGAGUGCGCUGUCCUGGGGCCUCUCUGCCUACACCUGUGCAACACGAAUAAUAACAACUUUAAUGACCACCAAUGAUUUCACAGUUCUUAUCCGUUUUGUGAUCAUGUUGGCUUUAAAUAUAUGGGUAACAGUAACAGUACUGCACUACCGGAAGCCUGUUACCAAAGCUGAAUGAUGGAUGUAUUCCUUCUACACACAGUGGACUUCAAAUAACUCAACCAGGGGAUGCACCGUUGCUUUCCAUUGCUACAUUUAAAGUCUUUUACUAGUCAAUCAUAUCAAAAAACUUCAAAUCAGACUUGAAAAGCCUCUUAGAUGGAUAUGGAAGUGCAAACUUAUAAUCCAGCACUUGGGAGUUUGAGGUAGCUUGUGCUACAUGGCACACGGGACUCAGAGAAGGAAAUUGCUCAUUUCCUUACCUGCACCCAGAGAUUGUGGUAGGACUUAGUGGUUAUUGUUGUUCUUGGCGUGUGUGUGUGUGUGUGUGUGUGUGAGAGAGAGAGAGAGAGAGAGAGAGAGAGAGGGGGGGAGAGAGAGAGGGAGAGAGAGAGAGAGAGGGAGGGGAGAGAGAGAGAGAAGAAGAGAAGAGAAGAGAGGAGAGAAGAGAAGAGAAGAGUCUCACUACAUAGCCCAAGCUACCCUUCAACUUGUGAUCCUCCCUCCUCAGUCUUCUGAGCAGCAAGUGUGCUGGACUACUGAGGGAACCGACCACACCUGGCUUGACACCUGCAACGGUGGAUGCUGCCCAAGAAACCAUUUUGACACUUAGAAGUCAUGACUAAGUUCUUUCAGAGUCUUAAAGUUUUCCCACAAGGAGUGGGGUCUGCUUAGUCCCACCCGGGCAGUUUAACCCUUCCAUGACCAAGGACUUGGCCUUUUAUGUCAUAAAGCACUGUAACAUCUGUUCAAGGCAAGCAAGGCUGAGUGCUCCCACACUUCACAGUGUGCCUUACAGAGCUCUGAUCUCUGUUUAGGUGAGGAAAUUUCAAGGGCCUUCCCAAUUCAAGCACAAUGCAGCCUUUUUUUUUUUUUUUAAAGAAAGGGCUGUACCUCAGUUACAUUGCUGGAACUUGGUACAGGUUUUAGCUACUGCAAGGUAUGCAUUAAAAAGUGUUGCUAAGCCAUACCCAAAUUCUUGGGGAUUUUAUUCUUACUAAAGUAACAUGUCCUAAGCACUGUUCAUAGUACUUCCUCCGAUGUUUUAUAAACCUGACACUUAAAAGUGCACUUUCUUAUAUGUGCAUGUCAUUAUUCUGCCAUACUGUAAGUAAUGAUGUUUACUGGAAAAUGCUUAGUUUCCUGUAUAAAAUAGACUUUCAUUUGUUGAAUUCCA